AUGGCAACGAUAGUCAUGCAAAGAGAUCUUGUGGUUACUUUAAAGAAGGAAACAAUUCUAAAUAUUGGGUUACUCAGCAAGUUACACCCAAUGCCUGGUGAAUUAUCACGUUUAGUAUUAAAGGAUAAUGCUUUAGAGAAGCCUACACAGAAUUUGUUCAAUAACUUGUCGUAUUAUUUGGUGUCAUUAAUUGAUUCACAAGUUCAUGCGUCUCUACCAUGGCCUUUAUACGACACAACGGCAGAAAGAAAGUAUAGAAAUGAAUUGUAUAGAUUCAUAAGUGAAUAUAGUGCCUUAGGAUUAUUGACUCCUAUUAUGUGUUCAUAUUUAGUGAAUCCUGGUUGUUUUAAAGUGACAGUGUUAAUAUUCCAACUCUCGCAGUUGGCGGUAAAUCGUUUACUUACAUCAAUGAUGGUAAAAGACAACAAGAAAGACCUCUAUAAUACUAUGACUGAAAGGUACAAAUCACAGGAGAAAGAUGGUUUCGUUGAAUGUAUAGAAAAGGAAACGGCAGUGAUGCUAAGUAAAUUUUCUAAUUAUUUAUGCAAAAGAAAAAUUAUGGAACAAAUUGCCAUGUUAUUAAGGAAGAAAAUAACUGAAAUGGAACACACACUGUCUACUACAAAUGCCCAAGGAUAUAUAAAUAAUUUGGUUGACAAGUUCAUUGAAGAAAAUGAAAUUGAUGAUAGCUUUAAAGAUGAACUUUUGAGAAUUAAGAAUGUUAGUGAACAGUCAAGCUUUUUCAAUAAUUGGCUUUCGGAAGUGGACCAAAAAUUAGAUAACUUAGAAAGUAAUUGGGAUAUGAAAGUGUCACCACUAUUAAGUAAAUGUACAAAUAUAUUAGAACUUACAGAGAUAAUAAUACAGAGAAACACUGGUCAAGUUGAAAAGAGUUCCUAUACAGUAGAAUAUGAUUCAAAAAACGAUGAAAUUUUCACAACAGAUUUGCAAAAUCAAGUAAACAGCGAGCAGAAGUAUAUUCUGAGAAAUCUUGAGAAAGAUGGAAUAUUGAAUUUUCCAAAUUUAAUUAGAGCAUUUGUUAUUGCUGUUUGUUUCAUACUGAAAAACAAUGAAAUAAGUAAUGAUGUCUAUAAAUUUAAUGAAUACUUGGAUGGCGCUAAAAGAAAUUAUGGUGAAGUGGUUUCAGCUUUAAAGAUAUUAUUAGAAAGGGUCUUCAAUGCGGAAGCUAAACUUCAGCCUGCUUCAGUGAUAUACCAUCAGUCACUAUCCUUUAAAGAUUAUGUGGACAUACCUCCUAUACCAGAUCUUUCAGAUUUAAAAACAAAUAAGGAUCACUGCCAACUUUUAUUUGAGACAUUCACACCAUUGAAUUUAACAAGGCAUCAAUUCAAUUUGAGAAGGCGAACUAGUGGAACAUUUGUGAAGCCACAACCUAAGUCGUUAGUAACAACUUUCUACCAACCACCUAAAGAUGACUUCCUAAAAAGCUUAAUAUCUUGUAGAGUGAGUUCAUAUGAUACAAAUAUAUUACAGAACUGUCAUAACAUGUCCAUAACAUCUAAUAUGAAAGCUAGUGAAACCAUAGCAGAGUGUUCAUCAGGCUUUACCAAACAACAAAUUAUUAGGCUGCUUUCUACCAAAAAAUCCAGCAGUUCGAAGAAGUUUAAUUAUAAACAAGAGAGACCAGAUAUUAAAAUUAAGAAGGGAGGUCUUUUUAAUGAGUCAGUGGCAUCCAAUGAAAGUAAUGGACUGUUCCGAAGCUAUUCAUCUCCAAAUCUAUUUGAGAAUAGGGAAAAGCGAUCACUUGGUAACUUAAGGGGUAGAAAACUGUCCAUAAUGAAAGAAGACAGCCCACCUCAGUUUGAAGUUUCAGGAAUAGCAUGCUUAGAUCCAGAUAGCAACUGCAAUUCUCCACAUGGCUUUGGUAAUGCAGAAAGUUCUAGAAAACUAGACACAUCAAACUUCCCAAUAUUAGUUAACAAUGAGGCUGUUAACAAAAUUAACGAGGUCCUAAAUACCGUUAAAGUUGAUUUAACUAAUGAAAUGGAUAGUGUUGUGUCCCCAAUACUUGAAGUAUCUAGGAAGAGUAUAGAAGAUACACAGUCAUCAAAGACACCUAAGAAUAAUUCAACGAUAAUAAGAAAAACAAGUUCAUUAGAGAAAAUAAUUAAUCGUUUCAAAAAAGUUAGAGCAAGUGUGAUGCCACAAAAUGAUGAUGAUAUACCAACAAUAGAUGAAGAAAAGGAGAAAGUCCAUUUUGGAGUAAACACAAAUAGAAUAUUACUGCCUGAUCUCUUAAGUCCAAGUUGUGCUGUAGUUAAAUCAAAUACUAAUAUGAAUUAUUUGGAUCAACUGUGUCUGGAUAUGGAUAGAGUCGAGAGGCGGCCUCGAGAAAGUUUGGGAACUGCACUGGGGGUAGAUCAAACGUUUUUAGACCAAUUCGACCUAAUAGAC